AUGGGAGAUAAAAGGACCAGUCCAGAGAAACCUGAAGAAGCAAAAUCAAAAGUAAGGUACCCUCACCUGGGACAUAAGUCCGGAGGGUCCAAUCUUUUAAGGAAACAAUGGAAGAAGAGGCAAAAGGUAAAGUAUUUUGAUUCUUGGGAUCACAACAUGGCUAAGACAAAGAUGAAGAACUGGAAACUUCCCACCGUGACUCCAGGUAGCACCAAGGUCCCUCGUGAUCUCAUUCCCACUCCACAAGACCUUCCUCAAUGGAAACCUCUUGUCCCAAGCAAACUGGUUGGCUGA